AUGGAUGACGAUUGGCGCGAGGAUGGCAGUCUCCGUAGCUUAAAUGCUGGUGGUGGCCAAGGGAAGGCUCGCGGCAAAGGAAAAGGACCGCAAUUUACGCGCGUCAUCCCUACAUUUUUGCAAAAAUAUUACCAGCCGCCUGCAAUCCAGGCUAAAUUUGCGACAUUGUCUAAGGCUGGUGAGGAGGAGGAGGAGGAGGAGGAAGGACUGGACGAGGUGCAACAAGCGGCAAUUGACGAGUAUUUAGUCAAGAAGAAGAAGGAGACGACAAUGAAGAGCUUUGAAUUUAAUGGAAAAGAAGAUGAGAAGGAUAGCAACAAGAAGAAAAAGUGCAAGACGUCAGGACAAAAUGUAGUAGAGAUGGGCAAAAUUAAAACGGUAGACACGACGAGGAAGAAGAAGCGCAAACGCACGGAUCAAUUGAUACUUGGUAACAAGAAACUGCUCUCAUUCUCAAUGGAUGCUGAAUGA